CAAAGCACACUUAUGUCACGCAUUCAUUUGUGCCGUGCUCUUUUCUUGCAGGGCCAAGAAGAAUUAAUCCACAACAAUUAUGAAAAUUUUUUAAUCUUUUGAUGUGAAGUGAUGUGCAAUACCAACAAGACUUUACUUUAUUUUUAGAAAUGUUGCUUAAAAACUUAAAAACAAGUUUGCGUAGAAACAGUCGACAAUAUUGACUCGUCUGGUAUAGCUGAUUACGUUAAUAAUUAUUCUUAUCACUAAACCAGAGCCGGGGUUGUCAUAGCCUCUUGUGUCGAACACACUUCGGCUUUUUCCCAUCCAUUAGCAUCUCAACAUUGCUGAACGACUGAAGUGAGAAAUCAACGUGUGUCAUCCGCUCACAAUAACAAUGGCUCGUUAUAAUAAACUAUGGAGCGCAAUAUGUGUUAUUCAAACACUAGGUCUAUUCGCACCCACUUCUCAACAGAACUCAAACGCGCAGAAAAACAUUGAAGAAAUAUUUAACACUAAUCCCAGCAAAAGUCCUGGUCAACAAGGGAACGGGAUUGGGUUCGUGGUUACACCAGAGCCUAUAGAUUCAAUAAAUGGACAGUCAAACUUUAAUUCUACUAGUGGAAGAAGUGCUGCCUGUAAUUGCGUGCCGUACUAUAAAUGCGACCCUUCAACAAAUAGUGUGACUGAAGACGGUUCGUUUGAUGGAUUUGGAGUAAUUGAUAUUCGUUUUAACGCCGAUGACCCGAUAUGUCCUGAAUCUGUUGACGUAUGCUGUGCCGAUAAUAGGACGCGUAGUGACACCUUAAAUCCAACUCCUUUGGAUCAAAGGCCAAACCAACCUCGAGGUUGCGGCGUUCGCAACACGGGUGGCCUUGACUUUACCCUUUCCGGCGCCACGCAAAACGAAGCAGGAUUCGGCGAGUUUCCAUGGACUGUAGCAUUAUUACACAUUGGAAAUUUAAGCUAUUUUUGUGCUGGAUCACUUAUCCAUCAACAAGUGGUUUUAACUGCAGUACACUGUCUGGAGACACACGGGCCUGGAACUUUUAUGGUUCGUGCAGGGGAGUGGGAUUCACAAACAACAAAUGAGCGUUUACCGUAUCAAGAAAGAGCAGUAAAAAGUGUUAUUAGGCAUCCGCAAUACAAGAGCAGAAAUAUAGCUAACGAUUUUGCUCUUGUUAUCCUCAGUCAAUCGCUUACAUUAGAUGACCACAUUAAUGUUAUAUGCUUACCACAACAAGAAGCUGUUCCUGCACCAGCCACUACAUGUUUUUCCACUGGCUGGGGAAAAGAUGUUUUUGGUUCUUUGGGAAAGUACAGCGUUAUAAUGAAACGUGUGCCUCUGCCAAUCGUGGAUUUUAAUUCUUGCCAAGCCAGGCUAAGAAGCACACGACUUGGAACAAAGUUUGCCUUGGAUAGAUCAUUCAUAUGCGCGGGAGGACAGCGAGGCACUGACACUUGCCAAGGCGACGGAGGAGCCCCACUAGCUUGUCCAAUUGGAAUAGCAUCUGAAAAUCGAUAUCAACAGAGUGGUAUAGUUGCUUGGGGGAUUGGAUGCAACGAUGAGGUGCCGGCUGCAUAUGCCAAUGUAGCCUUGGCAAAAAAUUGGAUUGACCAGCAAAUGUUAGCCAAUGGCUUCGGAACGUCUGUCUACACUGCUUAAGUUUUGGCUUAAAUAAAAAAACAUAACAACUAA